AUGGAACUUGAAGAUGUAGUUAAUGAGCUGAUGGAUUCUUCAUCGUCGUCGUCGUCAUCGUCGGAUGAUGACGAUGAGGUAUAUGCUGCAGCAGAGCAUAUAAUACUAUCAAACAUUGUCAAUCCAGCAUGCCAUCGUGGUUCUGUAGAGGGACAUCGUGUUGUGAAUCGUGACAGGCAGUCAGGACACUAUGAAGAUUAUUUCUCAGAUAAUCCUACAUAUGGACCGAGCUAUUUCAGGCGCAGGUUUCGAAUGCGACGUCACAUGUUUGUCUGCAUAAUGAAUGCCGUUGAGAUGUAUGAUGACUAUUUCGUGCAGAAGAGGAAUGCGGCCGGAACCCUUGGACUAUCUUGUUUGCAGAAGGUGGUGGCGGCUUUCCGAAUGUUAGCUUAUGGAGUAGCAGCUGAUGCUAUGGAUGACUAUAUCCGUAUUGGGGAGACUACUGCUCUAGAAAGUCUUAGAAAGUUUGUCAGAGCUAUUGUUAAGGUAUUUGGACAUGAAUACUUGAGGUUGCCCAAUGAGGAUGAUACUGCCAGAUUACUUGAGAUUGGUGAGAGUAGAGGUUUUCCUGGCAUACUUGGUUCCAUUGAUUGUAUGCACUGGACCUGGAAGAAUUGUCCUUAUGCAUGGCAAGGUUCGCAUAAUGAUUUAAAUGUUCUUCAAAGAUCUCCUAUAUUUGCAAGGCUUGCUGAAGGUCAAGGGCCACAGGGUAAUAAGAACAAAUAUUUUGCAAAAGCACAAGAAGCUUGUAGGAAGGAUGUCGAACGAGCAUUUGGUGUUCUACAAGCUCGUUUUGCCAUUGUUCGAGCGCCGGCACGCGUGUGGGAUGAGGAUAUAAUUCAACUUGUCAUGACGGUUUGUAUCAUUAUGCACAAUAUGAUUGUUGAAGAUGAGGGAGUUGAUGAAAAAGAUUUCAAAUAUGAUGAUGUGGGAGAAAAGGUGACUGUAUCACACGAUGCUACACCUGAGUUCGAUGCAUUUAUGCAGAAUUACAAGAAGAUCAAGGACAAGGAGACACACACACAGCUUCAAGCCGACCUUAUCGAGCACUUGUGGCACAACUUUCCAGAUUUAUAUACAAAUAGUACUGUUGAAUAA